AUGGAUCGAAGUUGGAUAAACAUACUUGAUAAGUUAUCACCAGAAUAUGCUGCUGGUAUAAACGAAUUUAUAAGUGUUGCAAGUGAGUCCAUUAACUCUAAUGGGAUGGUGUUAUGCCCGUGCCGGCGAUGCAUGAAUAAACAAUCACAAUCUAUGAAUGUGAUCAAGUUGCACUUGAUCACUCAUGGUUUUCUUAGUACUUAUACUAGAUGGUACCACCAUGGUGAGGAAGUAGAGGACAUACAAGAUGAAGUGCUAGUUGAUGUUGAGGAUGAUAAAGGAUUUGACGACCUUUUGAAGUGUCUUAAAGAAAUGUUACCUGUUGGUAAUCGUUGCCCGAUAAGUUAUUAUCAAAUGCGAAAGCUUCUAUCUGAAGUUGGCUUGGGGUACGAGCAAAUUGACGUAUGCCAAUAUGAUUGUGCAUUGUUCUACGGUGAGAAUGCAAAUGCUACAAUGUGCCAUGUUAUGCGAUGGCAUAAAGAGGUGCGCAGAGAUGAACCUGGGAUACUAUGUCAUCCAGCUGAUGGGGAUGCUUGGAAGAAUUUCGACAAGACAUACCCUGAAUUUGCAGUGGAUUCGAGGAGUGUACGAUUGGGAUUAACGUCAGAUGGGUUUAACCCUUUCUCAAACAUGACAUCCACAUACAGCUUAUGGCCUGUGAUAUUAAUUCCAUAUAACAUGCCGCCUUGGGCUUCUCCGAAUGGAACAAAUUAUCUAAUGUCAUUGCUAAUACUAGGACCCAAAUCUCCUGGAAAAGACUAUGAUGUGUUUUUGAGACCACUAAUUGAUGAACUUAAGGAGUUAUGGGAGGGCAUUGAGGCGUAUGAUUCAUAUGAACGGUGUACGUUUAAACUUCGAGUCGCUCUCUUAUGGACAAUUAGUGAUUUUCCUGCUUAUGCCUAUUUAUCAGGGUGGAGCACCGCUGGGAAAUUAACAUGCCCCGUUUGUUUGGAAGAUACAAGACAUAAAAGAAUAACUGACAAACAAUGUUUCAUGGGGUAUCGAUGUUAUUUGAAAAGCAACCAUUCUUGGCGAAAGAGUAGAGACUAUGAUGGGUCUAUUGAGUUACGUCCCCCACCUAGAACUUUUACUGGUGCUGAAAUUUUAAAACAACUUGAACAAGUUCCAACUCGCACAACUGGUAAGGCGCCAAGUAAUUGUUCAAGUAAGUGUAAGUGUGGAGAGAAUGAGUUGAACUGGUGUAAAAAAAGUGUUUUGUUUGAAUUGCCGUAUUGGUCACAACUCUUAUUGCGUCAUAAUCUUGAUGUGAUGCAUAUAGAGAAAAAUUUUAAGAAGUCAUCCAACAAUAAGAUUGAAAAACCCCAUGAGAGCUAUACUUUGGCUAAAGAAGAAUGCAAGGAAUUUUGUAAAUUCAUUCGAAGUGUUAGAUUACCGGAUGGAUAUGCUUCGAAUAUAAGUCGAUGUGUAACUGAUAAUGACAAACUAGGUGGCAUGAAAAGCCAUGAUUGUCAUGUAUUACUUCAAAAAAUAUUACUAGUUGCCAUAUUACCUUUUCUAACGAAGGAAAUUCGAACAGCUUUGAUUGAGCUAUGUCAAUUCUUUCAAAAGAUUUGUGCAAAAACUAUUCAAGUUAAUGAUAUAACUGAAUUGAAGGAUGGAAUUGUUAUUAUCUUGUGUAAAUUGGAGAAAAUAUUCCCUCCAUCAUUUUUUACCAUAAUGGUUCAUCUUUGUGUGCACCUACCAAAUCAAGUGUUGCUAGGUGGCCCAGUGGCUUCACGGUGGAUGUUUGGGACUGAACGUCAUAUGGGGUUGUACAAAAAGUAUGUCAGAAACAUGUCACGACCUGAUAGUUCAAUUGCAGAAGCCUUUGUUAUAGAUGAAGCUGUAACUUUCUUGUCAAGAUAUGUUUCUAACAUAGAGACGAGAUUCCCGCGUUCUGAGCGGGCAUCAUUUGCCAAAUUGUUGGAUUCUUCCAGUAAAAUCAUUCAAUGGUAUAUAUUGAAUAAUUGUGUUGAUGUUAUUCAAGACUAUCUCGAUGAGCAUAAAACACUGUUGGAAGAAAGGGGCCUUUCAAGCGAACAAAUUCUUACUGCCCAAAUGGAAGAAUUCCCUUCUUGGUUUAAGACAAAGAUAUCUGAACUGCGAGUCCAACAAUCUUCUCUGGCAAAUGAUGAGUUAUAUUCUCUAUCUCAAGGUCCAUUAGAACGAUACAUUAGUUAUCAUAGUUGUAUUGUAAAUGGUGUUCGUUUUCGGUGCAAGGAUCGUGAUGAUAAUCUUCGUACACAAUGUUCUGGAGUUUGCACUGAAGGGGACCAUGACAACGAUACUAUUAUGUAUUAUGGGGUUUUGCUCGAGAUUUUACAAUUGUCAUUCCUUUUUGAUCGGAAAGUGUUUUUAUUUUGUUGCAAGUGGUAUAAUUCAAAUCCUAAAGGAAACUCUAUUUUUGUGGACCAUAACUUGACAUUCAUUAACACGUCCACAAAUUGGUUUCCCGACGAACCAUUCAUCCUGGCAACUCAAGCACAACAAGUUUUUUAUUUGCUUGACAUGAAGCGUGGUUUAAAUUGGAGAAUUGUUCAAAAAGUAAAUCAUCGAUCCAUUUAUGACAUUCCAGAAAUAUCCCAUGUCGAGGAUGACUUCUUGAAUAAUGAUGUUUUUCAAGAAGACCAUUCAUUUCAGUUGCCACCUUUUCAACCGACUGAGGAUUUGAUUGAAAGUUCAUCUUUAGUGCGUAGAGAUGUUGCACCUUUAACUCUUUCAAGCGAGUUUGUUCAAAUGAAUAUUGGCGGGGAAGUAGAUGAGGAUGAAUUUAUUGAACUUAACAAUGAUUUUGAUGAUGGAGAUAUCUUCUUUGAUGGAGAAGUGAUAUGUUCUAGUGAUAGUGAGACAGAAAAUGAUUUAGAAGAACAAUUUGAUGAUGACACGGAAUCUUAA